AUGGCCGACGUCCAGUACAUCAAGUCGCUUCUCCGUGUGGUCCCCGACUUCCCCAAGAAGGGCAUCAUGUUCCAAGACAUCUUCCCUGUCUUCCAGGACCCCAAGGCUGUCGAGAUGCUGAUUACCCACAUUGUUCAUCACAUCCUUGCCUCGGGUCUGCCCAAAAUCGAUGUCAUCGUUGGCCUUGAGUCCCGCGGCUUCCUGCUUGGCCCUGCCAUCGCUCUGCGUCUUGGUGCUGCCUUUGCUCCUGUGCGCAAGGCUGGCAAGCUUCCUGGCGACACCAUCGUUGUUGGCUACGAGAAGGAAUACGGAACGGACUACUUUGAGAUGCAGAAGGGAUCCAUCCAGCCUGGACAGAACGUCGUCAUCCUGGACGAUCUCAUUGCCACCGGUGGCAGCGCCAAGGCAGCUGGCGAACUGGUUGAGAAGUUCGGCGCCAAGGUUGCCGAGUAUGUCUUCUUCAUCGAGCUUUCCUUCCUCCAGGGCACCAAGGCUCUGAACGCCCCCUCCUACAGCGUCAUCACCAUUGACGACUGA